AUGGGUAACUGCGUUUCAUCUAGCAAAAAAGGAAGAUCAGCAUACAGUUUACAAUUUUCUGAGAGCUCAGCUUCUCAGCCUCUUUCCCCUGUUAAGCCUCGUUCUUUUCUCGAAGCAACUCCAAAAGCCAACCAGAAAGACUUCCAAGUUGACAUUGAAAACAAGAAAUCGUUGCCAACAGAUAGAUCAUCUCAUGGCCGUGACAGAAGCAGCUUAAGCAUCCAAGAGCCUAUAGAAGCCCCUAGUGCAUUAAUUAUUGACAAGCAAAAGACUGAAAGAGACAGAGAAUUCUUAAAAGAAGCUUUAAAGAAGCAUUUCAUUUUCAAUAGCUUACCUAAAGAAAGCAUCAAUAACAUCAUAGAAAGCUUGAAAUAUUAUACAAUUGCAUCAGGUGGGGAAACUAUAUUUAAUCAAGGCGAAAGCGGGAAAAAUUUUUUUAUAGUGGCUUCUGGGAAGCUGGAAAGAAUUAUAGACGGAGAAAUAAGAGGAAUAAUAGCAAAAGGCGCCGGAUUUGGAGAGUUGGCGCUAUUACAUAACUCCAAAAGAUCUGCUACAAUAAAAACAGUUGAAAGAACAGCUUUAUGGGGAAUAGAUAAAGAAAGCUUCAAUAAAGCUGUAAAAUCAAUAAUAAAAGAAAACUUCGAAAAACACAAAAAAUUUGUCGAAAAAUUCCCUAUCUUUAGAGAUCUUACAGAAGAUCAAAAAAAUAAAAUUGCGAGUGCUCUUAAGAUUAGGAUUAGCCGUUCGCACUUGUAGGGCGGGGAUUUGCACCCCUACACGCUCUUCGCACAUGAUGGAGCCUCGGUGGACACCUUCCUUGCUGCCGCAAACAAGGGAUUUGCACAACCAGUAUUGACUUCCAUGGCUUCUGGAGCCUAAGAGCUAACCACCUGGGUUGAAACUCCCAGUUUCUUGUUGGCCAAAUGCCAUCUCUUGAGUCCUGUUUGAGGGAGUCAGCCUCCGCUCGGGACUGUCGCCGAUCUUGUCCUUUCCAAUGGUUGUUCUGGAGGUAAAAGCCUGAUCCGGAUUAGCUCCAUAGGGCCUGAGUAAAACCUAACCCGACAAACACAAAGAAUUUCCGACUCCUUCCCACUUAAACCCCCAGCACUGAGCCGUUGCCUGCAUGUGUUGAGGAAAUAGGGUCGAGAGGUCGGGCGGCACGUCGUCGCCAUUUUUAUGUAUAUUGUGAGUGCUCUUAAUCUAGAAGAAUAUGAAGAUGGAGACACCAUUGUAAAAGAAGGCGAUGAAGGCUUUUGCCUUUAUAUCAUUGAAGAAGGUGCAGUAAGUUGUGUCAAAGGAGGAGUUGAAAUACAAGAAAUAAAACAAGGUGAGUUUUUCGGGGAAAUGUCUUUACUAAAUAACCAAAGACGAUUAGCUACAAUUAUUUCACUGGGAAAAACUCGACUUUUGAGCCUAAGUAAGGAAAACUUGAAUCUAAUUUUAGGAGGCCAAAGUGAAAAUAUUAUGUACAAGAAUUCUUUACAAGUUUCGUUUAAGCUAAAUCCCCCUCCCCCGUUAAAUUGGAAUAAAAAAUUAAGUUCCAAUCUAAAGGUAGGUGAAUUAUUUUUUUUAUAAAAUGAUUUAUAUUAAAUUUUUCCUUUAUAAAAUUUUUAAAAAAUAUAAAUUUAGCUCAAUAUAUUUAAUUUGAAGAAUUAGUUCAAAAAAUAAUAUAUUUAGCAUGAAUCUGUUUCUAAUUGCACAUUUUCUAUUAAAUUAGGUCAAAACAGUUUAAAAAAAUAGUAUCGUUAGUUGCUUAAAUAGCAACAUUACCACCAACGUGUGAAAAUAUGAUUCCACAUGUGAAAUCAAAAGUGCUUCACAUGUGGAAUCAUCUUUUCACACAUGGAAAAAAUAUUCCAUAUGUUGGUGGUAAUGCUGCUAUUUAAGCAAUUAACGAUACUAUUACUUAUAAAUUUUCCUAUUAAAAAUUGUUCUAAUUUAAAGGAUGAGGGAGUUAGCAAGUCUUUAAGACAUCUCCACAAAGAAAUCGUUGCAGCUUUAAUAGAAAAAGCAAAACUAAAAAAAUUUAAUCAGUUUAGCACAGUUAUUAGCCCUGAAGAACAAAUUGGAGCAAAAAUGUGGGUGGUUCUUCGUGGAGGUAUACAAGCUCAGACAUCUUUAAAAGAAAUCCACUUGUUUCAAUGAUUAGGAGACAAUGACCUGCUGAACCCUAUAAGCGAACAAAUUGGAGAGGCGUAUAUUGCUACUGAAAAAUCAGUAAUAGCUGAAUUUUCUCGUCAAGAUAUUGAAAGUACAAUUGGGGGAGACUUGGCGACUAUUAUAGCGAGUGCUCCCAUAUAGAUUUUUUAAGGAAAAUGCCAUUCAAAGAAAAACUUAGUUUAAAAUUCAAAAAAAAGCUAAAAAGUCAAAAUUAAUUUUAAAAAUGUCAUUAUAUACAUCCUAUUUGUCAAUUCUAAAAUGACUUUUCAGAUUUUUCUUUAAUUUAAAAUUAUAAUAUUUUAUUUAAAAGUAAUUGUCCUCAGAGAUCUAAAAUGAGGCUUGUGCUAUAUUGAAAGAAAUAUUGUCUGCGAAGCUUUGAAAAAAAUUCAUCUAUUUAGUAUUCUUUCAAAUGAAAAGCUUGCGCAGCUAUCUCAGACUCUUACAACUGAAAAGUUUCCAAGAAAUCAUACAAUUUUCGCAGAAGGAAGCACAGGAGACAAGCUUUAUAUAAUAAAAUCAGGAAAAGUCACUGUUAACAGAAAUCUAGAGCAGUUGCGGAAGCUUUAUCAAAACGAUUAUUUUGGUGAGCGAGCAAUUUUAUUAAAAGAAAAACGAACUGCUACUGUAAAAGCUGUAACAGAAGUUGAAUGCUGGGUAAUGAGCCGCUCAGAUUUUACACGCAUAAUUGAUGCUCAAAUAAAGCAGCUUUUAAAAGAAAGACUAGCCCUUCAAAACGACACUAUUGACCUGGCAGAUUUAUUUAUUUUCGAAAAAUCCCAGCACAGCCGAUCAAAUUUGUACUCAGUUUAUCAUAAAAAUUCAAAAACAUUAUAUUCCCUCAAGGUUGUCUCUAGGGAAAUGGUUGACCAUUUUAAAAUGCAUAAGAGUAUUCAGUCAGAAAAAGCUAUUUUGCAGCAAAUUGACCACCCGAUGAUACUCAAAUUAGUUAAAGCUAUUAAGGACUCAAAGAGAGUCACGUUUUUAUUAGAAUAUGUGAAUGGAAAAUACUUAAGAGAAAUUAUAGAAAAGCUGGGGAGCUUGCCCAGCCAUGAUGCGAAAUUUUAUAUAUCAUGCUUUAUAUUAAUUUUAGAAUAUUUACAAGAAAAAAAUAUAGUCCAUAGGAAUCUGAAGCCGGAAAACUUUAUGAUUGAUGAAGCUGGGUACCCGAAGCUGUGUGAUUAUGGGACAGCUAAAAUGAUUGAAGGAAGAGCUUAUACGAUCGUAGGGACUCCACAUUAUAUGGCUCCUGAAAUAAUAUCUGGGAAAGGAUAUACAUGCUCAGUCGAUAUAUGAAGCUUAGGUAUCAUAAUGUAUGAAAUGGCUUAUGGAGAAGUGCCUUUUGGAAAUAGCAAAGACGAUCCUUUAAAAAUCUACGAAGAUAUUAAUAUGCUGGAUAUAGAAUUCCCACAGAGUAAUGGAGUUUCGGGUGCAUGUCUUUUAAUCGUGAUUUUUUCCCCGGCAGACUUUAUUCUCUGGAAUAAUUAAUCGAAUACACUUUGCUCUGCGACGUUUUCUGGCCAGUCAUUUGCUAGGCGACAUUUUCUCGCUCACAUUUUCUCUGCGACAUAAAAUAGUCGACAUUUGGCGUCAGACAGAUGAUGGGCGACAUUUAACAGUCGCCAAAUUCUCGUGGAAUAUUUCCCCGAAUUUAUUUUCUCGUGGACAUUUACCCUGGGACAAAUAAUCGAAAAGUUAAUCGAAACAUUUUAAUCGAAACUUUUUCCCCUGCAGGGAACUCUUCAGUAACUGAUUUAAUAGUAUAUAAAGGCAAAUCUUAUAUGCAAUAUAUUAGUAAAUAUGCUAAAAGUCACAUUAGAAUUGCUUUAGAUUGAUUAUGCUGCAAUAUUGCUGUUAUUUAUGAUCAUGAGGCACUUCAUGCUUGCGCAUAAAGAUGCGGGCUACAAAACAAAUAUAUUAAUGAUCCCUCAUUUGCACUGCAAGGAAAUGCCUUUCUGCUUUUGCUUUUGUUCCACUUGAUUUGGUGAAGAAAAGUUUGAGGAGUUGAUUCAAGACUGUAAACUUUUAUAGCACUUUCCCUUGAAUAGACCGAUAACGGGCUGACUCCAUCCCGUUAUCGGGCUAUUCAAGGGAAAGAACUAUAUCUUUAAUGGAUUUCCAGUAAGCUGACGGGAACAGCCUGUAUGGAAUGGUGUGAACGCGUGGCAAGCUUAAAGCAGGAAUUCCAGAUGAUAUUUAUGAAGAUUAUGUAGAUUCAGGAAGUCUUGAUGAUGUCUUUGAUGAUUUGAUGGAUUUACUGCAUGAGGAAUCAGAUGCGGAGGAAGACGAAGAUGAAAUAGAAAAAGAGCUGAUGGAGAAAAUCAAGGUCUAGGCAUGGGCAGAGAAAAAGAGUGAGAUUUGAUGGAUGAGGGAGAAUUAAUUUUGGCCACACAUUCUAUCAAAGCCAUAUCUUAUGAUUUGAAGGAAAGGCAAAGGAAAGUGCUUUCAUAAGAGGAAUUCAAGCAGCAAGGAUAGGUCUAGAGGACUCAGAGCAACCAGAAAACCUAGAAGAUCAGAAAGCCCAGAAGACUCUUAGAACCCUGAAAUCCCUGAAAGCCCCAGAAAACUCAGAAACUCUGAAGACUCAGAAAACCCAGAAUUGGUCUAUUAAAAGCCAAGAACACAAUAAUAUCAAAAGAAUUAUUAAAAAGGGAAGUACCAAUGAAAUUAUCACAGAAAAAACUGAAAAAUUAGAAAAAAGUUAAGGAUUUAAAAUAAUCCAUAAGAAUAUAAAGAUAAAGAUUCAAGACGGUAAAUAUUCAAAUGAACCUAAAAGAAUAGACUUUUUAUAUAUCCCAUUAAAUGCCAACUAAGACUAAUCUCCGAGCUGUCCAGGAAAGAGGAAAAUUCUCGGAAUUGUUCGACAAGGAGUUUUACUACAGCUCUAUGGAGCCAUAUGGCGAAAUUGAUGCUCUUGAAGAGUAUCUGGAAGAAUUGGAAGAUGAAUGGGAAGAGUUGAAGAAGAUAGAAGAAGAGAAAGAUGAGAAGAUAUUGAUAGAAAUGGUGCUCAAUGAGACACAGGAAUUGAAGGAACGGUGAUUGACUCAGAAAGAACUGGUGCAAGCUGUGUAUAAGUGCAGGGAGUUACCUCAGUCAUUCAUUAGUGGGAGAAUGGAAGCCCAGGCAGAAACCACUGGGACAGAACAAAAAGUUGAAUGAAAGCAAGAGCAAUACGGCAGAGCAGCUGCUGGGCAAGCAGACAAAUCGAACUAAGAAAAAAAAAAGUUAGAGAAGGUCCAGAUUUGAAAAGAGAGAGUAGAGGAGAAGGAAAAAUAAUAAAAGGAGGAGAGAAAGGGAAGAUUAAAGGAGAAGCUAAGGGGAAUUGCAAGAGAAAAGGAAAGAAAAUAUGAGGAAGCAACUAGAGGAGGAGGAGGAUGAAGGGAAAAGCAGGAGGAACAAACUGAAGAAGAGUUCGAAAUGGAAAAUGAAGGAGAGUCUGGGAGAAACUAGGGUAGAAUCUUGAAGAAAUGCGGGGAUCGAACUGAGGGGAUUUGAUGGAAGAAGCAAGAGGAAAAGGAAAAGGAAAAAGAAGAAGCUGAAGUUGAUGAUGGAUGAAGGAAAACUCGCAGAAGCGAAGAGAAUAGAUCUUGCUUUUAAGAUCUUUCACAUAAAGUUGUUAGUAGCUAGAGCAAAAGAAUUUCAAAAGGAAAAAUACAAAGCGGAAUACAUUGAGAGUUAUUUCAGAUUAGAUUAGAUAAAUGAUUAAUUAAGAGGCCAUAAGGCCUGGGCAGUGACUGCUGCUGAAUUUGAAUGGAAAUGGAACCUAAAACAAUAGAACUAUUAGAUUUUUUUAAGUGUACGUGGAUAGGUACUCUUGACCAAAAUGGAGUAAGAAAGAAAUCUCUAUUUUCUAUUAAUUUAUGAAACUCCUUCUUCAAUGUGCAACAGGAUCUUCCACGAACAAACAAUGCUGAGGAAGGAUGGCAUAGAGGAUUCGAGAGUUUGCUUGAGCUUUGAAAUUUCCUUAAAGCCUUGAAGAUGAGAUAUACAUUAGAAUGGCGGCACGUGUUAGCCUGCCAUCUAGGAGCAACAGUUAAAAUUACGACCAAGGCUAACUGGGAAAGACUCCAAGCGAGAAUCAAGCCCAAACUCAAGAGAUAUAUAUCCGGCUAGGCUUAGACUACUUUCAUCUGGUUGAAAGUGAAGAUGUCCAGCAGCAUCUCAUAGACCCUUGGGCGUUCCUCUACCGAGAAAUAUUGGGGUUAUGGCCUGAGCAGCAGUAAUGCAGUUUUUCCUGUAGCUAUAAAAGUAAAGUAGUAUAUAUUAUAUUUAAAAAAACAAUUAAUUAUAAUUUCGAGCAAAUGUCGCCGGGUAAAUAUUUUCGAGGAAAUGUAAUUCGAUUAAAAAUGUCCCGGGGAAAUGUCGUAGUGUAAAUGUCCUCGAGAAAUUUUACGUCCGGGCAAAUGUCGCCGAGUAAAUCACACGAGCAAAUGUCACACGAGAAUAUGGUUUCGAGCAAAUGUCGCAGGGGAAUUUACCUUCGAGGAAAUGACAGACUAGUAAAUGACUGCCUAGCAUAUAGUUUUCUAUCAAAAAAGCCUAGAAAAAUGUAGCACGAUUAUUUGUCCACUAUUAAAAUGGGUGCACCGGGAGUUUCUCAUAGAAUGAUCUCUUUAAUGUCUUCAAUGCUAGAUAAAUCGCCUUUAUCAAGAGCGAGCAUUGAGUCAUUGAGAAGACACUCAUGGUUUUCAGGGUGGAAUUGGGAAGACGUCCAAAGUAAACAACGAAAGCCGCCAUAUUUGCUCCCAGUGAAGGUAAAUCUUGGGAAAAUCGAAAGGGCACUGAAAUCAAAAUUGACGAUUUUUGACAUUUUAGAGGUAAAAAAUAUUUAGGCUGAUGAAGAAUCAUUCAGAUUGAAGCUGCCGAAGUUUAGAAAAAUAUCUACAAAGAGAAACUGGGACGAUUUAUUUUAA